AUGCCGGGUAAAGCCAUGUCGGUCAGUCCUAACCGCCGUGCCCGCAAUCCCCCUUGGCUGGGUUCGCAAAUAGUCGCAAAGUUCUUCUCGACAAGACCGGCAGCCGAGCCCCCGUGCAUGCGAGCGGCUGGAAUUCGUGGUGGGGAUGCGAACGUAGGAGUCUUUGAAAUGAGGAGUGAGGAGGAAGAGGAGCAGAAGCCUGUAGAAGAUGUCUUCGAUUCUACUCAGGCUCCGAUAGGAGUGCUGGCCGUGCCACCCUGGUCGUGGCUGCCCAGCGAUGGUUCACGGUCCCCUGGCAGGAUAAGCGUUGAUGCAGAUGUGGUCUCUGAAAAACUACACCUGUUUGGUUUGGCCACUUCUGCUGAAGAAAAAAGGGCAACAAAAGAAGAGGAAGAACUUACCGCAGAGGAAAGGAGGAAACUGGAAAGAAAAUUAAAGAAAGAGCGCAAGAAGAAAGAAAAACAGCUGAUGAGGGAAGCUGGAAUCUCCACAAAAAAGGCAGAGCCCCAAAAGCCGUCGGGAUCGGAGCUGGCUCUGGCCUAUUUAACCAGCUGGUCUGAAAACCCGGGGGAAUGGAAGUUUCAAAAGACAAGACAAACCUGGCUUCUCCUGCACAUGUAUGAUAAAGAGAAGGUUCCCGACAAGUAUUUCACCAUUUUACUGGAUUAUCUGCAAGGGCUUCAAGGCGGGGCGCGAGACAUAACUGUGCAGAAAGCAGAAGCUUUUAUGAAGGAAUUGGAUGGUUCUGAUGCAGAAGACCCAAACCUGCUGGAGAAGUGCGAGCGCAUACGACAAGUCCUGCAGCUGCUGUCCUGA